AUGUGGCCUCGAGUGACAAGGUUCAAUGUUGUGGUUAACAAGAGUAUCCAGUUUAUAAAAUUUCAAAGAUGGCUAAAUAAGACAUUUGACAGAAAAAUGUCAUGCCACUCUCUCUAUUAUAGAGCUUCUAUUAAAAAUAGUAUCAAUAGAAUUAAUAAUAUUAAUAGUAACAUUGACAUUCGAAAAUUAUAUUUAAACAAGUAUUCAUUCACAAGAAAUUAUUCUUCAUUAAAAACCAGGCAAUGGUAUUCCAAAAUUAACCCAGAUAAUGUUAGUGCAGUAAUAUCUUGGGUUUUGAUGUCCCAUGCCCUUUGGAUUGCAUUGUCAACAACAACAUUUGUGUCAGGCUUAUUGUAUUUAAUAAGUUCCACUCCGUCAGGUCAGAAUUGGAUCUCUUUGAAAUUGUCUAAUUAUUUAACACAAUCAACUGGGAUUGCUAUUCUAUUUGAACAGGCUAAAUUGAAACAUAACUGGACACAUGGUACUAUUCAAUGUCAUAAUUUAUAUCUUUCAAGAAGACCUUUGCUAUCUACUGCUACCAGUUCCACACCAGUUUUACAAGAUUAUGAUAAAGUUAGGAAUGAUAUUAUACAAAGGGUUAAGUGGGCUUUAAAUGAUAACAUAUUAGUUCAAUUAGAUCAUUUUGAUGAGGGGGACUAUACACAGUUUGAUCUAGUUAUUGAUUCUUGUGAAGUAUCAUUGAGUUUUUGGAAAUGGUUAAAUGGCAAAGGUAUCAUUGAAGAUAUAUCUUUCUCUGGUGUUAGAGGUAUUAUUGAUAGAACACACUUUAAACCAGUUCUAGACCAGGUUCCCUCAAUUGGUGUGCCUUUGCCUAAAUAUAAAUGUAAACCUGGUGAUUUUGAGAUUGAUAAAUUUAAAAUCAGUGAUCUUUUGGUCAUUGUAUACCAACCUAAUGGGUUCAGACCAUUUCCUCUGAGUGUAUUUCAUUGUCAGCUACCUAAAUUGAGGAAGCAGUGGUUAUUGUAUGACUUGGUUAAUGGAGACUCGAUUAGUGGCACUUUUGAUGAUUCUUUGUUUGUUUUACAAAGACAAUUGACUACUUCGCAUUUUAGAAUAGAUAAAUUAAAUGUUGAUCAUCUGAAUGCAGGAACUGUUGGGCCAUUUGGUUGGAUUACACAUGGGUUUGUUGAUAUUGAAACAAGCAUAAAAUUUCCAAGAAUGGAGAUAAGUACACAUAACAACAACAGCACUGAUAAUAAUAAUAACAAUGAUAAUAAUAAACAAGGUGAAAAAUACGGGACAAAUAUAAAUUUUGAUGUUAAGUUACAAUUGAAGGAUUUAAAAGCAGAGAUUCCAUUUUUUAAAAAUCAGUUUAUGACAUAUAAAAAUAAGGCGUUAGUUAAACCUAUCGUGGGUUAUAUAAAUUCACAUAAAACAUAUAUUCCUAUCCAAUGUUCUUUACAAAAGUCAAUAGAAGAUUUUAAUGGAUCAUGGACAAUCUAUGAUUCAAAUUUAGUGCAAGAUUUAUCCUUGAAGUGUUGGGAUGCAUUUGCUACUUAUGUCAAUGAUGAAGAACAGAGAACACUCAGAAUUAAAAAAGUCACUAUUUGGUCAGCUCAAUUAUUUAUUCAGGUUAUCUUAAUGGCAUUAGGCUCCAUAUCUUUAUGA